CCCCAUUCUCCCGCUUUCCAUCACCCCGCCCCAUUCUCCCGCUUUCCAUCACCCCGCCCCAUUCUCCCUCCUUCCAUCACCCCGCCACAUUCUCCCGCUUUCCAUCACCCCGCCCCAUUCUCCCGCUUCCCAUAACCCCACCCCAUUCUCCCGCUUUCCAUCACCCCACCACAAUUUCCUGCUUUCUAUCACCCCGCCCCAUUCUCCCUCCUUCCAUCACCCCGCCCCAUUCUCCCGCUUUCCAUCACCCCGCCCCAUUCUCCCGGUUUCCGUCACCCCGCCUCAUUCUCCCGCUUUCCAUCACCCCGCCCCAUUUUCCCGAUUUCCAUCACCCCGCCCCAUUCUUCCGCUUUCCAUCACCCCGCCCCAUUUUCCCGCUUUCCAUCACCCCUCCCCAUUCUCCCUCCUUCCAUCACCCCGCCCCAUUCUCUCGCUUUCCAUCACCCCGCCCCAUUCCCGCUUUCCAUCACCCCGCCCAAUUCUCCCGCUUUCCAUCACUCCGCCCCAUUAUCCCUCCUUCCAUCACCCCACCCCAUUCUCCCUCCUUCCAUCACCCCGCCCCAUUCUCCCGCUUUCCAUCACCCCGCCUCAUUCUCCCGCUUCCCAUAACCCCACCCCAUUCUCUCGCUUUCCAUCACCCCGCCACAUUCUCCCACUUUCCAUCAGCCCGCCCCAUUCUCCCGCUUUCCAUCACCCCGCCCCAUUUUCCCGCUUUCCAUCACCCCUCCCCUUUCUCCCGCUUUCCAUCUCCCCGCCCCAUUCUCCCGCUUUCCAUCACCCCGCCCCAUUCUCCGGCUUUCCAUCAGCCCGCCCCAUUCUCCCGCUUUCCAUCACCCCGCCCCAUUUUCCCGCUUUCCAUCACCCCUCCCCUUUCUCCCGCUUUCCAUCUCCCCGCCCCAUUCUCCCGCUUUCCAUCACCCCGCCCCAUUCUCCCGCUUUCCAUCACCCCGCCCCAUUCUUCCGCUUCCCAUCAUCUCGCCCCAUUCCCCCGCUUUCCAUCACCCCUCCCCAUUCUCCCUCCUUCCAUCACCCCGCUCCAUUCUCUCGUUUUCCAUCACCCCGCCCCAUUCUCCCGCUUUCCAUCACGCCGCCCCAUUCUCCCGCUUUCCAUCACCCCGCCCCAUUCUCCCUCCUUCCAUCACCCCGCCCCAUUCUCCCGCUUUCCAUCACCCCGCCCCAUUCUCCCGCUUCCCAUAAACCCACCCCUUUCUCCCGCUUUCCAUCACCCUUCCACAUUUUCCCACUUUCCAUCACGUCGCCCCCUUCUCUCUCCUUCCAUCAUCCCGCCCCAUUCUCCCUCCUUCCAUCACCCCGCCCCAUUCUCUUGCUUUCCAUCAGCCCGCCCCAUUCUCCCGCUGUCCAUCACCCCGCCCCUUUUUCCCGCUUUCCAUCUCCCCGCCCCAUUCUCCCGCUUUCCAUCACCCCGCCCCAUUCUCCCGCUUUCCAUCACCCCGCCCCAUUCUUCCGGUUCCCAUCAUCCCGCCCCAUUCCACCGCUUUCCAUCACCCCUCCCCAUUCUCCCUCCUUCCAUCACCCCGCCCCAUUCUUCCGCUUUCCAUCACCCGCCCCAUUCUCCCGCUUUCCAUCACCUCGCCCCAUUCUCCCGCUUUCCAUCAUCCCACCCCAUUCUUUUGCUUUCCAUCACCCCGCCCCAUUCUCCCGCUUUCCAUCACCCUGCCCCAUUCAACCGCUUUCCAUCACCCGCCCCAUUCUCCCGCUUUCCAUCACGCCGCCCCAUUCUCCCGCUUUCCAUCACCCCGCCCCAUUCUCUCUCCUUCCAUCACCCCGCCCCAUUCUCCCGCUUUCCAUCACCCCGCCCCAUUCUCCCGCUUCCCAUAACCCCACCCCUUUCUCCCGCUUUCCAUCACCCCGCCACAUUUUCCCACUUUCCAUCACCUCGCCCCCUUCUCUCUCCUUCCAUCAUCCCGCCCCAUUCUCCCUCCUUCCAUCACCCCGCCCCAUUCUCUUGCUUUCCAUCAGCCCGCCCCAUUCUCCCGCUGUCCAUCACCCCGCCCCUUUUUCCCGCUUUCCAUCACCCUGCCCCAAUCUCCCGCUUUCCAUCACCCCGCCCCAUUCUCCCUCCUUCCAUCACCCCGCCCCAUUCCCCCGCUUUCCAUCACCCCACCCCAUUCUCCCGCUUUCCAUCACCCCACCCCAUAUUCCCGCUUUCCAUCACCCCGCCCCACUCUCAAGCUUUCCAUCAGCCGCCCCAUUCUCCCGCUUUCCAUCACCCGCCUCAUUCUCCCGAUUCCCAUCAACCCGCCCCAUUCUCCCGCUUUCUAUCACCCGUCCCCAUUCUCCCUCCUUCCUUCACCCCGCCCCAUUCUCCCGCUUUCCAUCACCCCACCCCAUUCUCCCGCUUUCCAUCACCUCGCCCCAUUCUCCCGCUUUCCAUCACCCUGCCCUAUUCUCCCGCUUUCGAUCAACCUGCCCCAUUCUCCCGCUUUCCAUCACCCUGCCCGAAUCUCCCUCCUUCCAUCACCUCACCCCAUUCUCCCGCUUUCCAUCACCCCGCCCCAUUCUCCUGCUCUCCAUCACCCCGCACCAUUCUCCCGCUUUCCAUCACCCCUUCCCAUUCUCCUGCAUUCCAUCACCCGCCCCAUUCUCCCGCUUUCCAUCACCCCACCCCAGUCUCCCGCUUUCCAUCACCCCGCCCUAUUCUCCCCCUUUCCAUCAACCCGCCCCAUUCUCCCACUUUCCAUCACCCCACCCCAUUCUCCCGCUUUCCAUCACCCUGCCCCAUUCUCCCGCUUUCCUUCACCCCUCCCCAUUCUCCCGCUUUCCAUCACCGUGCCCCAUUCUCCCGCUUUCCAUUACCCCGCCCCAUUCUCCCGCUUCCCAUCAUCUCGCCCCCUUCUCCCGCUUUCCAUCACCCUGCCCCAUUCUCCCUCCUUCCAUCACCCCACCCCAUUCUCCCGCUUUCCAUCACCUCGCCCCAUUCUCCCGCUUUCCAUCACCCCGACCCAUUCUCCCGCUUUCCAUCACCCCGCCCCAUUCUCCUGCUUUCCAUCACCCGCCCCAUUCUCCCGCUUUCCAUCACCCCACCCCAGUCUCCCGCUUUCCAUCAUCCCGCCCUAUUCUCCCGCUUUCCAUCACCCCGCCCCAUUCUCCCGCUUUCCAUCACCCCACCCCAUUCUCCCGCUUUCCAUCACCCCGCCCCAUUCUCCCGCUUUCCAUCACCCCGCCCCAUUCUCCCGCUUUCCAUCACCCCGCCCCAUUCUCCCACUUUCUAUCACCCCACCCCAUUCUCCCGCUUUCCAUCACUCCGCCCUAUUCUCCCUCCUUCCAUCACCCCGCCCAAUUCUCCCGCUUUCCAUCACCCCGACCCAUUCUCCCACUUUCCAUCACCCCGCCCAAUUCUCUCGAUUUCCAUUCUCCCUCCUUCCAUCACCCCGCCCCAUUCUAACUCCUUCCAUCACCCCGCCCCAUUCUCCCGCUUUCCAUCAGCCCUCCCCAUUCUCCCGCUUUCCAUCACCCCGCCCCAUUCUCCCGCUUUCCAUCACCCUGCCCCAUUCUCCCGCUUUCCAUCACCCCGCCCCAUUCUCCCGCUUUCAAUCACCCCGUCCCAUUCUCCCUCUUUCCAUCACCCCACUCCAUUCUCCCGCUUUCCAUCACCCCGCCCUAUUCUCCCUCUUUCCAUCACCCCUCCCUAUUCUCGCUCUUUCCAUCACCCCGCCCCAUUCUCCCUCCUUCCAUCACUCCGCCCCAUUCUCCCGCUUUCCAUCACCCGCCCCAUUCUCCCGCUUUCCAUCACCCCGCCCCAUUCUCCCGCUUUCCAUCACCCCGCCCCAUUCUCCCGCUUUCCAUCACCCCGCCCCAUUCUCCCUCUUUCCAUCACCCCGCCCCGUUCUCCCGCUUUCCAUCACCCCGCCCCGUUCUCCCGCUUUCCAUCACCCCGACCCAUUCUCCCCCUUUCCAUCACCCCGCCACAUUCUCCCGCUUUCCAUCACCCCGCCCCAUUCUCCCUCUUUCCAUCACCCCGCCCUGUUCUCCUGCUUACCAUCACCCCGCCCCAUUCUCCCUCCUUCCAUCACCCCGCCCCAUUCUCCCGCUUUCCAUCACCCCGCCCCCUUCUCCCUCCUUCCAUCACCCGGCCCCAUUCUCCCUCCUUCCAUCACCCCGCCCCAUUCUCCCGCUUUCCAUCAGCCUGCCCCAUUCUCCCGCUUUCCAUCACCCCGCCCCUUUCUCCCGCUUUCCAUCUCCGUGCCCCAUUCUCCCGCUUUCCAUCACCCCGCCCCAUUCUCCCGCUUUCCAUCACCCCGCCCCAUUCUCCCGCUUCCCAUCAUCCCGCCCCAUUCUCCCACUUUCUAUCACCCCGCCCCAUUCUCCCUCCUUCCAUCACCCCGCCCCAUUCUCCCGCUUUCCAUCACCCCGCCCCAUUCUCCCGCUUUCCAUAUCCCCGCCCCAUUCUCCCUCCUUCCAUCACCCGCCCCGUUCUCCCUCCUUCCAUCACCCCGCCCCAUUCUCCCGCUUUCCAUCACCCCGCCCCAUUCUCCCACUUUCCAUCACCCCGCCCCAUUCUCCCGCUUUCCAUCACCCCGCCCCAUCCUCCCUCUUUUCACCACCCCGCCCCUUUCUCCCUGUUUCCAUCACCCCGCCCCAUUCUCCCGUUUUCCAUCACCCCACCCCAUUCUUACUCUUUCCAUCACCCCGCCCCAUUCUCCCUCUUUCCAUCACCCCGCCCCAUUUUCCCUCUUUCCAUCACCCUGCCCCAUUCUCUCGCAAUCCAUCACCCCGCCCCAUUCUCCCUCUUUCCAUCACCCCGCCCCGUUCUCCCUCUUUCCAUCACCCCGCUCCAUUCUCCCGCUUUCCAUCACCCAGCCCCAUUCUCCCUCUUUAGAUCACCCCGCCCCAUUCUCCCGCUUUCUAUCACCCCACCCCAUUCUCCCGCUUUCCAUCACCCCGCCCCAUUCUCCCUCUUUCCAUCAACCCGCCCCAUUCUCCCGCUUUCCAUCACCCCGCCCCAUUUUCCCGCUUUCCUUCACCCCGCCCCCUUCUCACGCUUUCCAUCACCCCGCCCCAUUCUCCCGCUUUCCAUAACCCCGCCCCAUUCUCCCUCCUUCCAUCACCCGCCCCGUUCUCCCUCCUUCCAUCAACCCGCCCCUUUCUCCCUCCUUCCAUCACCCCGCCCCAUUCUCCCUCUUUCCAUCACCCCGCCCCAUUCUCCCGCUUUCCAUCACCCCGCCCCAUUUUCCCGCUUUCCUGCACCCCGCCCCCUUCUCCCGCUUUCCAUCACCCCGCCCCAUUCUCCCGCUUUCCAUAACCCCGCCCCAUUCUCCCUCCUUCCAUCACCCGCCCCGUUCUCCCUCCUUCCAUCACCCCGCCCCUUUCUCCCUCCUUCCAUCACCCCGCCCCAUUCUCCCUCUUUCCAUCACCCCGCCCCAUUCUCCCGCUUUCCAUCACCCCGCCCCAUCCUCCCUCUUUUCACCACCCCGCCCCUUUCUCCCUGUUUCCAUCACCCCGCCCCAUUCUCCCGUUUUCCAUCACCCCACCCCAUUCUCACUCUUUCCAUCACCCCGCCCCAUUCUCCCUCUUUCCAUCACCCCGCCCCAUUUUCCCUCUUUCCAUCACCCUGCCCCAUUCUCUCGCUUUCCAUCACCCCGCCCCAUUCUCCCUCUUUCCAUCACCCCGCCCCAUCACCUUGCCCCAUUCUCCCGCUUUCUAUCACCCCACCCCAUUCUCCCGCUUUCCAUCACCCCGCCCCAUUCUCCCUCUUUCCAUCACCCCGCCCCAUUCUCCCGCUUUCCAUCACCCCGCCCCAUUUUCCCGCUUUCCUUCACCCCGCCCCCUUCUCCCGCUUUCCAUCACCCCGCCCCAUUCUCCCGCUUUCCAUAACCCCGCCCCAUUCUCCCUCCUUCCAUCACCCGCCCCCCCCAUUCUCCCUCUUUAGAUCACCCCGCCCCAUUCUCCCGCUUUCUAUCACCCCACCCCAUUCUCCCGCUUUCCAUCACCCCGCCCCAUUCUCCCUCUUUCCAUCACCCCGCCCCAUUCUCCCGCUUUCCAUCACCCCGCCCCAUUCUCCCUCUUUCUAUCACCCCUCCCCAUUCUCCCUUUUUCCAUCACCCCGCCCCAUUCUCCCUCUUUUCAUCACCCCGCUCCAUUCUCCCGCUUUCCAUCACCCGGCCCCAUUCUCCCGCUUUCUAUCACCCCGCCCCAUUUUCACUCUUUCUAUCACCCGGCCCCAUUUUCACUCUUUCCAUCACCGCGCCCCAUUCUCCCGCUUUCCAUCACCCCGCCCCAUUCUCCCUCUUUCCAUCACCCCGCCCCAUUCUCCCUCUUUCCAUCACCCCGCCCCAUUCUCCCUCUUUCCAUCACCCCGCCACAUUCUCCCUCUUUCCAUCACCCCGCCCUAUUCUCCCUGUUUCCAUCACCCCGCCCCAUUCUCCCUGUUUCCAUCACCCCGCCCCAUUCUCCCUGUUUCCAUCACCCCGCCCCGUUCUCCCUGUUUCCAUCACCCCACCCCGUUCUCGCCCUUUCCAUCACCCCUCCCCAUUCUCGCCCUUUCCAUCACCCCGCCCGAUUCUCCCGCUCUCAAUCACCCCGCCCCAUUUUCCUGCUUUCCAUCACCCCGCCCCAUUCUCCCUCUUUCCACCACCCCGCCCCAUUCUCCCUCUUUCCAUCACCCCGCCCCAUUCUCCCGUUUUCCAUCACCCCACCCCAUUCUCCCUCUUUCCAUCACCCCGACCCAUUCUCCCUCUUUCCAUCACCCCGCCCCAUUCUCCCUCUUUCCAUCACCCUGCCCCAUUCUCUCGCUUUCCAUCCCCCCGCCCCAUUCUCCCUCUUUCCAUCACCCCGCCCCAUUCUCCCUCUUUCCAUCACCCCGCCCCAUUCUCCCGCUUUCUAUCACCCCGCCCCAUUCUCCCGCUUUCCAUCACCCCGCCCCAUUCUCCCUCUUUCCAUCACCCCGCCCCAUUCUCCUGCUUUCCAUCACCCCACCCCACUCUCCCGCUUUCCAUCACCCCGCCCCAUUCUCCCUCUUUCUAUCACCCCUCCCCAUUCUCCCGCUUUCCAUCACGUGGACCUGGACGUGGAGGACUUGGACGUGGACGUGGACGCGGACGUGGACGCGAACGUGGACGCGGACGUGGACCGCGGACGUGGACGCGGAUGUGGACGUGGACGUGGACGUGGACGCAGACGUGGACGUGGACGCGGACGUGGACGUGGACGUGGACGUGGACGGGGAGGACGUGGACGUGGACGUGGACGGGGAGGACGUGGACGUGGACGGGGAGGACGUGGACGUGGACGUGGACGGGGAGGACGUGGACGUGGACGUGGACGGGGAGGACGUGCACGUGGACGUGGACGUGGACGUGGACAUGGACGUGGACGUGGACAUGGACAUGGACGUGGACGUGGACGUGGACGUGGACAUGGACGUGGACGCAGACGUGGACGUGGACGUGGACGUGGACGUGGACAUGGACAUGGACGUGGACGUGGACGCGGACGUGGACAUGGACGUGGACGCAGACGUGGACGUGGACGUGGACGUGGACGUGGACAUGGACGUGGACGUGGACGUGGACAUGGACGUGGACGCGGACGUGGACAUGGACGUGGACGCGGACGUGGACGCGGACGUGGACGCGGACGCGGACGCGGACGUGGACGCGGACGUGGACGUGGACGUGGAUGUGGACUUGGUCAUGGACGUGGACGUGGACUUGGACGUGGUCGUGGACGUGGACUUGGACGUGGACGUGGACUUGGACGUGGACGUGGACGUGGACUUGGACGUGGACGUGGACGUGGACUUGGACGUGGACGUGGACGUGGACGUGGAUUUGGACGUGGACGUAGACAUGGACGUGGACUUGGACGUGGACGUGGACGUGGACGUGGACUUGGACGUGGACGUGAACUUGGACGUGGACUUGGACGUGGACGUGGACGUGGACUUGGACGUGCACGUGGACUUGGACGUGGACGUGGUCCUGGACGUGGACGUGGACGCGGACGUGGACCUGGACGUGGAGCUGGUCAUGGACGUGGAUGUGGACGUGGUCGUGGACGUGGACGUGGACCUGGACGUGGACGUGGACGUGGUCGUGGACCUGGACGUGGUCGUGGACGUGGACGUGGACGUGGACUUGGACGUGGAUGUGGACGUGGACUUGGAUCUGGACGUGGUCGUGGACGUGGAUGUGGACGUGGACAUGGACGUGGACUUGGACGUGGAUGCGGACUUGGACGUGGACAUAGACGUGGACGUGGUCGUAGACGUGGACGUGGUCGUGGACGUGGACGUGGACUUGGACGUGGACGUGGUCGUGGACGUGGUCGUGGACGUGGACGUGGACGUGGACUUGGACGUGGACGUGGUCGUGGUCAUGGACGUGGACCUGGACGUGGACGUGGAGGUGGUCGUGGUCGUGGUCGUGGACUUGGACGUGGACGUGGACUUGGACGUGGACGUGGACUUGGACGUGGACGUGGACUUGGACGUGGACUUGGACGUGGACGUGGACGUGGUCGUGGACGUGGACAUGGACGUGGUCGUGGACGUGGACGUGGACGUGGACAUGGACUUGGACGUGGACGUGGUCGUGGACGUGGUCGUGGACGUGGACGUGGUCGUGGACGUGGUCGUGGUUGUGGACGUGGUCGUGGACGUGGACGUGGACUUGGACGUGGACCUGGACGUGGACGUGGACGUGGACGUGGAGGACGUGGACGUGGACGUGGACGUGCACGUGGUCGUGGACUGGGACGUGGACGUGGACGUGGACGUGGACGAGGUCGUGGACGUGGACUUGGUCGUGGACGUGGACGUGGUCGUGGACGUGGUCGUGGACAUGGACGUGGACGUGGUCGUGGACGUGGACGUUGUCGUGGACGUAGACGUGGACGUGGUCAUGGACGUGGACGUGGACGUGGACUUGGACGUGGACGUGGACUUGGACGUGGACGUGGACGUGGACGUGGUCGUGGACGUGGACUUGGACGUGGACGUGGACUUGGACGUGGACGUGGACGUGGACGUGGACGUGGACGUGGACGUGGACGUGGAUGUGGACUUGGUCGUGGACGUGGACGUGGACUUGGACGUGGACGUGGACGUGGACGUGGACGUGGUCGUGGACUGGGACGUGGACUUGGUCGUGGACGUGGACGUGGUCGUGGACGUGGACUUGGUCGUGGACGUGGACGUGGACGUGGACGUGGUCGUGGACGUGGACUUGGACGUGGACUUGGACGUGGACGUGGACGUGGACGUGGACUUGGACGUGGACGUGGACGUGGUCGUGGACGUGGACUUGGACGUGGACUUGGACGUGGACGUGGACGUGGACGUGGACGUGGACGUGGACGUGGACUUGGACGUGGACUUGGACGUGGACGUGGACGUGGACGUGGAUUUGGACGUGGACGUGGACGUGGUCGUGGACGUGGACUUGGACGUGGACUUGGACGUGGACGUGGACGUGGACUUGGACGUGGACGUGGACGUGGACUUGGACGUGGACUUGGACGUGGACGUGGACGUGGUCGUGGACUGGGACGUGGACUUGGUCGUGGACGUGGACGUGGUCGUGGACGUGGACUUGGUCGUGGACGUGGACGUGGACGUGGACGUGGUCGUGGACGUGGACUUGGACGUGGACGUGGACUUGGACGUGGACGUGGACGUGGACGUGGACGUGGACGUGGACUUGGACGUGGACUUGGACGUGGACGUGGACGUGGACUUGGACGUGGACGUGGACAUGGACGUGGACGUGGACUUGGACUUGGACGUGGACGUGGACUUGGACGUGGACGUGGACGUGGACGUGGACUUGGUCGUGGACGUGGACGUGGACGUGGACUUGGACGUGGACUUGGACGUGGACUUGGACGUGGACGUGGACGUGGACGUGGACGUGGACUUGGUCGUGGACGUGGACGUGGACGUGGACUUGGACGUGGACUUGGACGUGGUCUUGGACGUGGACGUGGACGUGGACUUGGACGUGGACUUGGACGUGGACGUGGACGUGGACUUGGACGUGCACGUGGACUUGGACGUGGAUGUGGUCCUGGAUGUGGACGUGGACGUGGACGUGGACCUGGACGUGGAGCUGGUCGUGGACGUGGAUGUGGACGUGGUCGUGGACGUGGACGUGGACCUGGACGUGGACGUGGACGUGGUCGUGGACCUGGACGUGGUCGUGGACGUGGACGUGGACGUCGACGUGGACUUGGACGUGGAUGUGGACGUGGACUUGGACGUGGACGUGGUCGUGGACGUGGAUGUGGACGUGGACAUGGACGUGGACCUUGACGUGGAUGCGGACUUGGACGUGGACGUAGACGUGGACGUGGUCGUAGACGUGGACGUGGUCGUGGACGUGGACGUGGACGUGGACUUGGGCGUGGACGUGGACGUGGUCGUGGACGUGGACGUGGACUUGGACGUGGUCGUGGUCAUGGACGUGGACCUGGACGUGGACGUGGACGUGGACGUGGUCGUGGUCGUGGACUUGGACGUGGACGUGAACUUGGACGUGUACGUGGACUUGGACGUGGACGUGGACUUGGACGUGGACUUGGACGUGGACGUGGACGUGGUCGUGGACGUGGACAUGGACGUGGUCGUGGACGUGGACGUGGACGUGGACGUGGACAUGGACUUGGACGUGGACGUGGACGUGGUCGUGGACGUGGUCGUGGACGUGGACGUGGACGUGGUCGUGGAUGUGGUCGUGGUCGUGGACGUGGUCAUGGACGUGGACGUGGACUUGGACGUGGACCUGGACGUGGACGUGGACGUGGACGUGGAGGACGUGUACGUGGACGUGGACAUGGACGUGGUCGUGGACUGGGACGUGGACGUGGACGUGGACGUGGACGUGGACUUGGACGUGGACAUGGACGUGGUCGUGGACGUGGUCGUGGACGUGGACAUGGACGUGGUCGUGGACGUGGACGUGGUCGUGGACGUGGACGUGGUCAUGGACGUGGACUUGGAUUUGGACGUGGACGUGGACGUGGACUUGGACGUGGACGUGGACUUGGACAUGGACGUGGACGUGGACGUGGUCGUGGACGUGGACUUGGACGUGGACGUGGACUUGGACGUGGACGUUCUCCUCCAGUCCUGUACGUAG